AUGCCAAAAAAACGCAUUGCCCAAAAUAUUGUUUCUAAUAUGGGUUACAUUGGCGCGUGGUAUUUCUUCAGUACAGCGCUAUCUAUUUACAACAAGAACCUAAUGGGCAAAGACAACUGGAACUUCAAUUUGCCACUGUUUGUGUCCUCAAUCCAUGCUGGUCUUCAUUUUGUGAUUACAGCAUGUUUGAUGCAUUUUUUCCCGGACAUCUUUGAUGCAACUCGAUCUGGGAAAGGAGGCAGAAUUACAAUCCGCAGCUAUGUUACUCAAGUGGUUCCAUGUGCAACCGCCGCAGCAUUGGAAAUUUGCAUGGCGAAUGCUUCGCUCAUGUUUAUCACCCUCUCUUUCUAUACUAUGAUCAAGUCUAGUACGCCGAUCUGGGUUCUGAUCUUUGCAUUCUUCUUCCGUCUCGAAAAGCCACGGAUGAGCCUGAUCUUGAUUAUUGGUGUGAUCGUUAUUGGAGUUGUUCUCACAGUGGCUGGUGAAACACAAUUUGACUUGACAGGAUUUAUCCUCGUCCUCUUUGCGGCGAUCAUGUCAGGACUUCGGUGGUCCCUUACACAGAUGUUACUUCAAAAAGAUCAAUUGGGGAUGGAUAACCCAGUGGCGACACUGUACUAUAUCAGCCCAAUCAUGUUUGUCAUCAUGUCGAUCUUGUCGCUCAUUAUUGAGGAUCCAUUUGUACAAUUUGCAUCAUCAGAGUUCUUUGACGAUUUCUGGACAGGAAUGACAACUUUACUGAUGGCAGCUGGAGGCGGAUUCUUAGCCUUUGCAAUGACAGUCGCAGAGUUCAAACUGAUCAAAAAUACGGGAACUGUCACGCUCUCUGUCGCAGGGAUCAGUAAAGAGAUUGUGGUGAUUUCUCUUAGCAUGCUUAUCUUUGGUGACCGACUGACAUUUGUGAACUUGCUUGGGCUGUUAGUCUCAAUUGGUGGUAUUCUGGCUUAUGUAAGUUGA